AUGGAUCAUGUGAUCGUGCACAAGAACAUCAAAAACUUCAAGUGUCCGAUUUGCGAUAAAGCUUUCCGUACAAAGCAGAAUGUGGCCAAACACCUGCCGAUUAACUCCGAGAAAUGGCCGUACAAGUGCACGCUCGGCGACAAGUCCUUCAAAAAACAGUCGAUACUCCGCAAACACUCCUUCAUUCAUCUGAAAGAUCGCCCCUUCAAAUGCGAUGUCUGUGAUAAAACCUACAAAUCCAAAGAAAGCCUGCGCGUCCACAAAUUAACGCACAACAAACCAAAAUUCGACUGCAAGAUGUGCGCGAGCACCUUCGACAGUCUCUCCCACCUCUACGGCCACAGUUGCCGCUCCAACAAAACUUUAAAAUUCUUCAUUUGCAACUUCUGCAAACGGGGGUUUCUCAAGAAAACUCUGCUCAGCAUUCACGUGAGGAAUAUGCACCAAAAAGUCAGUUUCACCUGUGAUACUUGCGGGAUUUUGUUCAAUAGAAACGCGAAGGCGUGCGAGUACUGCGAUUUGAUUUUCUACGACAAAAAAUCCAUGGAGAACCACAAGAAAAGCCACUUGGGCGAAGUGAAUAGCAAGGAAGACUUGCUUUGCACGAUUUGCAAUAAGCAGUUCGAGUUUCCGAAGUAUCUGAAGGCGCACUUGAAGCAACACGAAGAUUCGUACAAAAAAUACAAAUGA